UCUCUUAUUUAGAAGUUCGUAUGCGAAGGAAGGAUCAAUCCAGAAACUCACUCCACAACUUCUCUCUCCUUGGCGACUCCGCAUGGCGAAAGCUGGAGCUCAAAAGACUGUCCUGCUAUUAUGCGGCGACUACAUGGAAGACUAUGAGGCUAUGGUCCCUUUCCAAGCGUUGUUAGCCUACGGAGUCUCUGUUCAUGCCGUCUGUCCCGGAAAGAAGGCCGGAGAGUUUUGCCGAACCGCUAUUCAUGAUGAUUCCGGUCAUCAGACAUAUUCUGAGUCACGAGGUCACAAUUUUACACUCAAUGCAACAUUUGAUGAAAUUGAAUUCAGCAAAUAUGAUGGGCUGGUGAUUCCAGGAGGACGGGCUCCAGAAUACCUUGCUAUGGAUUCAUCCGUCCUGAACCUUGUCAGUAAACUUUCUAGUUCCGGAAAGCCUAUUGCCUCUAUAUGCCAUGGGCAGUUGAUAUUGGCAGCUGCCGACGUAGUUAAGGGCCGAAAAUGCACAGCAUAUCCUCCGGUGAGACCUGUACUUAUUGAUGCAGGUGCUUCUUGGGUUGAACCUAAGACCAUGGCUGACUGUGUUGUUGAUGGUAAUAUUAUAACUGGUGCUACAUAUGCGGGGCAUCCUGAGUUUAUCAGCCUGUUUGUGAAGGCACUUAAUGGCACGAUAACUGGAGCAGAUAAAAAGAUUCUAUUUCUUUGUGGGGAUUACAUGGAAGACUACGAAGUGACUGUUCCUUUUCAGUCCCUUCAAGCUCUAGGAUGCCAUGUUGAUGCAGUUUGCCCCAAGAAGAAGGCUGGUGAUACCUGCCCAACUGCUGUCCAUGAUUUUGAGGGUGAUCAAACUUACAGUGAAAAACCUGGUCAUAAUUUCACCUUAACAUCCAACUUUGAUGAUGUGGAUACCUCCAAGUAUGAUGCUCUUGUCAUCCCUGGAGGUCGAGCGCCGGAAUAUUUGGCAUUGAAUGGGAAAGUAGUGGGAAUUGUCAAAGAAUUCAUGGAAUCCAGGAAGCCAGUCGCGUCCAUUUGCCACGGGCAACAGAUUUUGGCUGCCGCUGAUGUGUUGAAGGUAAAAAAAUAUUGACAUUUGUAUAUUUGC